AAACAAUGUCUUCUGCAACAUACUCCUACUCCAGACAGCCUACUACUCCCUGGGCUGUCUCUACAAAGACAUCGGCAUACACGGCCACAUCUCAACCUUAUCAACCAUCUCCUGUCUACAGUCACCUAUAUCAACCUCCACCUUCGCGGUCGGAAAGCAUCACAACGGGGGGAAGCUCAUACUCGAUCCCAAGCAGAGCCCCAUCCGUGAGCUCGUACUCAGGCAGUGAGAGUAACAGCCCUGUCGACGCACUUGGUUACAUGGGAGACCGACUCGGCAGAGCAAUGGACCCUACUCCUCUGGAUCGGAGUCUGGCAAUGCAAGCCCAGAGAUCAGGCGAACUCAAUGCCAAAAAUCGAGAAUUGCAAGCUCUACAAGCCCUAGCACAAUCUCGGCUCAAGUCUGCCAGAAGAAACUUUGCCGAUGGCAUCCAGGCUGCUAGAGAUGUCCAGAGAGAUCUUGAAUGGACGCAAGGAAGAGUUGGCACCGCAAGCUCACGAUUCCCUCCUCUUGAAGAUUAC